AUGGCCUCUGCGGCAUCAAAUAUUGAUGCAGAGUCCACAAUUGCCAACGACAAUCUUCAAACUCCAGAUGCCAAGGAAGAAACGGAAGAUGUCUCAAUCUAUCGUGCCAGAGCGACAUGGCACAUGGCCCCCGAAUUGCGCCAGAUCCGGGAACGAGAUGAAGCCGGGGGCGAGAAGCCCAAAAUGCUCGGCGUGGCCUGGCAGAACCUCACCGUCACGGGCGUUGGUGGCGAUGCCACAUUCAAUGAGAACGUCGUCUCUCAGUUUUCUCUCUUCCAUCGCAGUAACAAAGUCAGCAAGACUAAGACCAUCAUUGAAAAUUCAUUCGGAUGCGUCAAGCCUGGGGAGAUGUUGCUAGUUCUUGGACGGCCUGGCGCGGGUUGCACGUCGCUGCUGAACGUGCUUUCCAACAACCGCCUCGGCUACAAAGAAGUCACCGGAGACGUCAGCUUUGGCAGCAUGUCUGCUAAGGAAGCCAAGCAGUACCGUGGCCAGAUUGUCAUGAACACGGAGGAGGAAAUCUUUUUUCCCACGCUGACCGUUGAAGACACGAUCGACUUUGCCGCUCGCAUGAAGGUCCCCUACCAUCUGCCGCCGGGCAUCACAACCCAUGAAGAAUAUGUCCAGUCCUAUAAAGACUUUCUCCUGCGGUCAGUCGGCAUCUCGCACACCGCACGGACGAAGGUUGGCGAUGCUUUCAUUCGCGGUGUUUCCGGCGGAGAGAGGAAACGUGUCUCCAUUCUGGAAUGCCUCACGACUCGUGCAAGCGUCUUUUGUUGGGACAACUCAACCAGAGGCCUCGACGCCAGCACCGCUUUGGACACAAUCGUCACCCUUUACCAGGCAGGCAACGGCAUCUACGAGCACUUUGAUAAGGUUCUACUUCUUGACGAGGGCAAACAAAUCUUCUACGGGCCUCAAAAGGACGCUGUUCCAUUCAUGGAGGACUUGGGCUUUAUGCGUGAUCCGGGAUCCAACCGGGGUGAUUUCCUCACUGGCGUGACAGUUCCUACUGAGCGCGUCAUUGCCCCAGGAUAUGAGGACAAGUUCCCACGAACCGCCGACCAGAUUCGUGCUGCAUACGAGCAGUCCCAUAUCAAGCCCAGAAUGCUGGAAGAGGCCCAGAACUACCCGACAAGCAAAGAAGCAGCUGACAACACAACCGUAUUUAAAGAAAUGGUUGCUCGUGAAAGCACAGGGCUGAUAUGGGGUGACAAGGCCACUCUCCUUAUGAAGCAAGGCGCCACAGUGGUCCAGGCACUCCUCGGUGGAUCUCUGUUCUACUCAGCGCCUGAUAAUUCCGUCGGCCUUUUCCUCAAGGGUGGUGCUCUGUUCUUCUCCAUCCUUUACAAUGCGCUCAUCGCCCUAUCGGAGGUGACCGACUCGUUCACGGGCCGACCAAUUCUCGCCAAGCACCGCGCCUUCGCACUGUACCACCCAGCGGCCAUCUGCAUCGCCCAGAUUGCUGCCGAUUUCCCCAUUCUCUUGUUUCAGGUGACGCAUUUUGGCCUUAUCCUGUAUUUCAUGGUUGGCCUCAAAACCACGGCCGCGGCAUUUUUCACUUAUUUAGCCACCAACUUCAUGACUGCCAUGUCCAUGACAGCUUUCUUCCGAUUCGUUGGUGCCGCAUUCCCUACAUUCGACGCUGCAACCAAGGUCUCAGGCCUUUCAAUUGUGGCGCUGUUUGUCUACAUGGGAUAUAUGAUUGUCAAGCCGGUGAUGCAUCCGUGGUUCGUGUGGAUCUUUUGGAUUAAUCCCAUGGCAUACGGAUUCGAAGCUCUUCUUGGAAACGAAUUUCAUGACCAGGUUAUCCCAUGUUACGGCCCUAACCUGAUUCCCAGCGGCCCUGGUUACAUGGCUGAAGGGGGUCAAUCAUGUGCCGGUGUUAUCGGUGCGAUACCUGGUGCGACAAGCCUUACCGGCGACGAAUAUCUCGCAGCCCUGUCGUUCAGUCACAGCCACAUCUGGCGUAACUUUGGAAUCAUCUGUGCCUGGUGGGUGCUCUUUGUGGCUCUCACCAUAGUAUUCACCUCUAGGUGGAAGCUACUGGGAGAAGGAGGCCGCAACCUCCUGAUCCCGCGAGAGCUACAGCACAAAUCGAAACAUCUCUUGCAAAUCAAGGAUGAGGAAGCGCAACCUACGGAGAAAUCUGUCCGUACCGGAUCCGAUACGUCAGGAAGCAGCUUCGGAAAUGAUCUGCUCCGCAACAAGAGCAUAUUCACCUGGAAAAAUCUGACCUAUACCGUCAAAACGCCUGAGGGUGACCGUAUCCUCCUGAACAAUGUCCAAGGAUACGUCAAACCGGGUAUGCUCGGGGCUUUGAUGGGAUCUUCUGGUGCUGGAAAGACGACCCUGCUGGAUGUUCUCGCACAACGCAAGACCGCAGGCACGAUUCACGGAUCUGUCUUAGUGGACGGGCGUCCUCUUCCCAUUUCCUUCCAACGCUCGGCUGGUUAUGUCGAACAGCUGGAUAUUCACGAGCCCUAUGCGACUGUCCGCGAGGCUCUCGAAUUUUCGGCACUGUUACGCCAACCUCGCGACACGCCCACCGAAGAAAAGUUGCGAUACGUGGACACCAUCGUUGAUCUACUUGAACUGAACGACUUGGAACAUACCCUCAUUGGUCGACCCGGCGCUGGUCUCUCGGUGGAGCAACGGAAGCGUCUCACCAUCGGUGUUGAGCUUGUGGCAAAGCCGAGCAUCUUGAUCUUCCUCGACGAGCCCACAUCAGGACUGGAUGGUCAAGCUGCGUAUAAUACCGUUCGCUUCCUUCGCAAGCUUGCCGAAGCGGGCCAAGCUAUUCUCGUCACUAUCCAUCAACCGUCCGCACAGUUGUUUGCGCAAUUCGAUAAACUACUCUUGCUGGCCGCCGGUGGCAAAACCGUGUACUUUGGUGAUAUUGGCCAGAACGCGAACGCUGUCAAGGAAUACUUUGGUCGUCACGGCGCACCUUGCCCACCUGAAGUUAAUCCUGCUGAGUACAUCAUUGAUGUCGUGUCGGCAAAUGACUUCCUCGAUUGGAACCAGGUCUGGUUGAAAUCCCCGGAACAUGACAGCCUCUCCAAGGAACUGGAUAGCAUGGUCGCCGAAGCGGCAGUUCAACCUGCCGCGGCAAACGAUGAUCCGCAUGAAUUCGCUACUUCGCUCUGGACGCAAACCAAGCUCGUGACGCAUCGCAUGAAUAUCUCUCUCUUCCGAAACACUGAGUACCUCAAUAACAAGUUCGCGAUGCACAUCAGUCUAGCGCUGCUGAACGGUUUUACGUUCUGGAAAAUUGGAGACUCGGUUGUUGAUCUACAGCAAAACCUUUUCACAGUGUUUAACUUCAUCUUUGUUGCACCCGGUGUGAUCUCUCAACUGCAGCCGCUCUUUAUUGACCGCCGAGACAUUUAUGAGGCACGAGAGAAAAAGAGCAAAAUGUACCACUGGGCACCCUUCGUGACGGGUCUUAUUGUCUCAGAGUUCCCUUACCUGCUUGUCUGUGCGCUACUAUAUUACGUUUGCUGGUACUUUACCAGUGGCCUUCCUACGUCCGGCGAGCAUGCUGGAAGCGUCUUUUUCGUUGCAGUCAUGUACGAGUGUCUCUACACAGGCAUUGGACAGAUGAUUGCCGCCUACACCCCAAACGCCGUAUUUGCGUCUCUAGUCAACCCUCUGGUGAUCACCACUCUCGUCUCUUUCUGCGGCGUGAUGGUUCCCUAUAGCCAAAUCGUCGCCUUCUGGCGGUACUGGAUGUACUACCUGGGCCCCUUCAAUUACCUUAUGAGUUCUAUGCUGGUAUUCACCACUUGGGACAGAUCCGUGCAUUGCAAGCCAGAGGAGCUGGCUGUUUUUGACCCGGCUCCCAACCAGACCUGUGGUGAAUAUCUCAACGUCUACCAUCAUGGCAUGGGGGUGGGCACGAACCUUCUAAACCCAGAUGAUACUCUCCGCUGCCGCGUUUGCCAGUACACCACCGGUGGAGAUUACCUCCGCACGCUGAACUUGAGAGAAGAACACUACGGAUGGAGAAAUGCGGGCAUUGUCGUUGUGUUUGUGGUCGGUAUCUACGGGCUCGUGUUCCUCAUGAUGAAGCUCCGGACCAAGGCCACCAAGAAGGCUAAGGAUUGA